AAUAUGUAAAGAAGUAUGGACUACAUGAUUACAUUGCUAUAGUUAAAAAUUGGGACAACUGUUUAAAACAUUUGUUGUUUUAUAGAGUAUGCAAAAACCAUUGUGUAUUUUAUCAGCACGGUUUCCAACCGAAGCUGACAAAUGGGAUAAAUUGCAAGAUCGUUUAUUUUCUAUGAGUACUACGUCAACUUUGAAUAAUAUUAGAUCAAAAAUUGAUCCUAUACAUAGUAACUCAGAAAGUAAACAUUUAGAAACAGAACCAAGUAGUGAACGAUUGGAAGUGAAAAGAUUGCUAGAAAAAGAUAAAUUGCGUAUAGCUUAUGAUAAGUUAUCUCUGACGUAUGGUGGUUAUAGACCAUGCGUAGGUUUAGGUAUUCCUUUAGAGAAAAAGGUAUUUCCAAUUGUUCAUCCAGAUUUAUCUAUAUCCAGGCACUUCAUCGAUGUUCAAAGUCCUAAAUUAAAAAACAAUCGUCUCGAAAAAAUUCUUUAUUAUUUAUCAUUUUUGAAAAAAUAUAUAAACACUUAAUAUUAUAUGGAGUUGCAGCAACCUUUGAAUAUCUCUGGUCUUGGUGAACCAAAAUAUCCUAAAAGUAAUGCAGAUGUGGCCCUAGUAUUUGAAUUUUCAGAUCUUGAAUAUCCUCGAACUACAGCAUUUCUGAAAACAAUAAUUAUUAAACAUGUAAAAUAUAUUUCAUAUUAAUAUUUCAAAAUUUAUAAAUACCUGAGUUCUUCUGCUCUUUGUGGAAGCUCUUUUUGUAGACAAUGUAUCAAAUUCGAUAUAAAUUUUUCAAAAUUAAAUUCGAUAUUUAGGCCUAAGGAAGCAUGUAUUAAAUCAAAUAAUGGUUGACACUGUAAUAAUCUUGCUGUAUUAUGUAAAGCUUCUUGUGCUAUCUAUUGAUUAUAGAUAAUAAAAGUAUAUACACACCAAAAAGUUAACAAAUAAAUAAUUACUAAUUACUAAUAUGAUACCUUAGC